AUGGCAGCCAACACCAACACCAACACCACCACAAGUCAGGAAGCUCGCAGCUCAGACAGUAAUUCAGCAACCAAGAUGCUGCCCUACCUCCCCGACACAGACCUGGAAAAGCAGCACGGCGGCACAUCAGGGUCCCACCUCCUGAGAAAUACAACAGUGCACAACAUUUCCUGGUCCGGCAUCACCGUCACCGUCACCGACCGCACAUCAAAGCAGCCCAAGACCCUGCUGGACAAUGUCCAGGGCUACGUCGAGGCGGGCGAGCUGCUCGCGCUGAUGGGCCCCUCGGGGUGCGGCAAGACAACCCUGCUCAACGUCCUCGCAGGCCGCCACUCACCAGCAUCAUCAAUAACACCCACCACAACCAAAGGCCCCAAGGUAGCCGGCACAGUCCGCGUAAACGGCACCAUCCCACAGCCCACAACCCUCCGCCGCCUAGCCCGCUUCGUAGAACAGGAAGACGCCCUCCUGGGCUCCCUCACAGUCCGCGAGACGCUGACCUUCGCGUCGCGGCUGGCGACCCGCCUGCCCGCGCGCGAGCGCGCCGCCCGCGUGGACGACCUCCUCGCGGCGCUGGGGCUGCGGGGCCAGGCGGGCACGGUGGUGGGCACGCCGGUGCGGCGGGGGAUCUCGGGCGGGCAGAAGCGGCGCGCGGGCAUCGGCGCGCAGCUCAUGACCGCCCCCCGCGUGCUCGUCCUCGACGAGCCGACCAGCGGGCUCGACUCGGCCGCCAGCUUCGAGGUCGUGCGGUACCUGCGGGCGGUGGCGCGGCGGGAUAACCUAAUUGUUGUCGCGAGUAUCCACCAGCCGUCGACGGCGACUUUUAAUCUGUUUGAUAAGCUGUUGCUGCUCGGGGAGGGGCGGACGCACUUCUUUGGCCCGCUUGGUGCCGUCGAGCCGUAUUUUGAGUCGGUGGGGCGGGCGCUGCCUUUGCAUGUCAAUCCGGCUGAAUUCUUGCUGGACCAGGUUAGUGUUGACUUUGCUGGUAGGGAAGAGGGAGGUGACGGCAGCAGUAAAGGGGACGCCGCAGCCAGGCAGCGGCUGGAAGGCUCGCGCCGCGCGUGGCUGGCGAGCCCGCUGGCGGAGCAGCUCAAGAGCAUCGUGGCGUACUGCGAGACGCAGCAGCAGGGUGAGAUGGACCUUGUGGAUGCGGCCGAGGAAGUGAACAAGCCCGGCUUCGCGAGCCUGGUGCUCACGCUGCUGCACCGAUCGUUCAUCAAGAGCUACCGCGAUGUCAUCGCCUAUGGCGUCCGCAUGGCCAUGUACUUUGGCCUGGCGGUCAUGAUGGGCACGGUGUGGGUGCGGCUCAAGACGGAGCAGGAGUAUAUCCAGCCGUACAUCAACGCUAUCUUCUUCGGCUCAGCCUUCAUGUCCUUCAUGGCAGUGGCCUACGUGCCAGCCUGGCUGGAGGACCGCCUCCAGUACGUCAAGGAGUCGAGCACGGGUCUGUAUUCGGCGUCGCACCUGGUGCUGUCCAACUUCCUGAUCGGCGUGCCGCCGCUGUUCCUGAUUGCGCUGGGAUUCAGCGCCAUCUCGUAUUUCCUAUCCAACUUUAAUCCGGCGCCCGCCGCUUUCUUCACCUGGGUCAUGUGGGUUUUCUUCGACCUUCUGGCCGCCGAAGGCCUCGUCGUCGUCAUAGGAUCGUUGGCGCCCAACUUCGUCGUCGCGCUGGCGCUGGUUGCUUUCGCCAACGGGCUGUGGAUGUGCGUCAAUGGAUUUAUGGUGCAGCCAACUGUGCUGAAUGUGUUUUACAAGUAUGUCUUUAGCUACUGGGACUACCAGAAGUAUGUGUUUGAGGGCAUGAUGGUCAAUGAGUUCUCGGGGAGGAGCUAUGGGUGCGGUGACGGGUGCCGCUGCAUGUAUCAGACCGAGCUGGCGGAUGAGUGUCGCAUCGCUGGCCAGGGGGUGCUGGACCAGUUUGGGUAUCGGGAUGGGUACCUUGGCAAGAACGUCGGGAUUAUGAUUGGGAUUAUAGUUGGAUACCGAGUUGCUGCGUGGCUUGUUUUGAUGUGGAAGAAGUGA